CUCAGAUCGGUUUGCAGCGCUCGCCCAUCACGUGCAGUAAAUGACUCAUUGGCUGAAGGCCGGUACAAAUGGUAUUUAAGAAAGUGAGUCCCGACGAUCACCUGUGUGAGACUGUGGCGCCUCCUACGACAUAUGGUGGUUAACAUGUUGACAACAAUGAUUUUACUCUUUAUACUUUUUUCUACGGCCUUUUGUCUUGAAGCCCAGAAGACAGGAAGUGUCCCCAAAGCACAAGUCAUGCUACAGUUACAAGGCAUGGACUACUCGCUGUUCGGCUACAACAGUCUCAAGGGAUGCCCUCUGACCUCAGGACGUGACCCGGGCUUUACUCUCCCCAUCUUUUCUGCUGUCUGCAGUUUGUACGACCUGACACUUCUGCUCACGGAACCGCCCUCUUUUCAUCCAUCGUUUGCGGACUGGAUGAUUAAACUCAACAACACUGAUGACGAGGACAUGCACAUUAAGUUUAUUGACACAUACGGCACACACUUCGUGUCACGGGCCCGCUUUGGGGCCUCCAUAACGGUCAUCUACAAGAUGGACGAUAACGUUUAUCGGCUUCUAACAGAGGAUCACGUGACAUCAGCUGCCAGCUACUCCACUUCUGGACACCCCCAAACCUUGACUUCUGAACAGCAAAAAGCAACAGCAGAGUUUCGAAAUCACGAGACAACAACUUUUGCUGUCGGUGUUCCUCUACCUGAUGGCGGUAACAACGCCACGUGGUUGACAGCAGCGAAAGAUAACCCCUCUGUCAUCGACUAUGACUUGACCUCUGUGGAGGUUCUCUUUUCAGACACCUUCAUGGGUGCCGCAAAUCCUACACAAGAUUAUGGCAUUGACCACGACAGGAUCAAGAAGAACAUCAUGGCUGUCAAGACCAAAUACUGUCGGACUUUAAAGAGCAAAGACCUGUUAGUUGACUGUAGAGAUACCGGUAGGACACUGCUUUCUACAAAGUUGAUUGGUAACACGAAAUAUGGAGCUGCCGAGUCCGCUGACCAGUGUCUUGAGGAAUGUUGUCAACUUGCAGGCUGCGUGGCUGUGAGUUUUUGUCGUGGGUGUACGAGGGACAACAGAGGCAGCAAGUGUCAAAUGUUUAGUGCUGGCGACAUCCACAGGGCAGUCACCGACCGUCAGUGGCAGACGAUCAUGUUAGUUGACAAACUGGAGACAUUUGUAAAGCUGCACAACACCACGGUUGUUGUCAACUCUCGUUUUCUGUCUGACAUCCCUCCUGUCACCUCCGUACAGGACUGCUACCCAUCUUGUAUUCAAGAUACCCAGUGUGUGGCCUUCACCUUGAUUGACACUUCAGGUUCAUUAAUUAAAUGUGCGCGCCACACAGACUCAAUUCAGUCCUUGACACAGGGAACAGGUGUCAGCGUGUACUUCGUCUCCUUGAAGGUCAAAAGAAUUAUCACAAGUGGACAGACGAGAGGCCUUGCUCCCUCCUCCAUGCUGAACGACUGGUACAAGGCCGCCUGUGUCAUCGACGACGAGUGUCGUCAGGAAAACUCCAUGUGCUUUGUAAACAGGUGCCGCUGUCGACCUGGGUUCUUCUUCUCAACACGUGACUACACGUGCUCUGAGACAUGUAGUCCAGCCCACCUGCACAACACCUUCAUGGAGUAUCCUGAGAGCGGACUGAGGGGACACAAUAUGGUGGCACGGGAUGGAGUCAGUUUGAAGACGUGCAGCGACCUGUGUGUCAGCAACAGAAGUUGUCUGUCCUUUGACUUCAGAGGAGGGCGCUGCCUGCUUCAUGACGUCACCGCACGCGACGCUCAGUCAGGGUGGUAUCCUCACACCAGUACAGGGUGGACCCACUACCAGAGAAGCUGCCUGCAACCUCCCGCCUCAUACCCGGGACCAGAGUGGUACAACGCACCCUGCAACAGCCACGCGGAAUGUCCUGAGCCUAACAGUCGGUGUGUGUCGGGUAGAUGUUUGUGUACUGACGGCUUGGUUUACAUGGAAACUGACUCCUCGUGUCAUGCUCCAGAUUGCUGCUCUCCAUGCCCUCCGUACCAACAGCAAAAGCCAUCAUCACUCCCUGUAGGAAAUUACUUACAAGCUGCCGGAGUAGAUAUUCAACAGACGACUCCAAAGUUCCAAGUGGUGGCACUGUUGCUGUGGUAUCAGUUCAGUCCUGCCAACCGCAAUCUUGUUGCCGUGAUAUAG